GACAUGCAAGCUACACACCACCGAGGAAGAAGUUAACGGCUGCUGCACGCUCGGUCCCGUUUGAACUCCACUGAUGGAAACGUGAUCAGCUUGAAAGUAGUGAAACUCCUGACCUGUCGCCAUCAGAGGAGGUAAAUAUAUGUUAACUUAAGCGUGUGAAAGUCUUGUAAACAUCAUUUGUUCAUGGUUUUUCCUGUCAGUUUUGGUCUCUUCUCUGGCUCAGUUAGCUCGUUAGCCCGCUGCUCCCGGUUCACUGUCUGUCUGUCUGUCUGCUGUCUACUUUUCCACUCAAUGAGAGACAUUGUUGUCGGAUUAACCGAACAUACAGCUGUCAUCCUGUUUCCACAGCGCACAUUUGUUUGAAUAGUGAAGCGUGUUUGCUGCUAAAGUGGCUAACGAAGUUGUGCUAGGCCGUUUUUCUUCACCAGCUACCGUAAACUCUGGAAAUUUGUGAAAGUUUACUGCGUGUUUACAACUUUCAGGUAGGAUCCAAGUGGACUGAUCACAGGAGGAAAUCACCACAGAGAUCCCACAUGGCUGCUCAAACACUUCAACAGCCCAGUUUCCUGUUGGUGAGUCCCUCCUGAUCUCCAUAUUCAUAUUUUCUAAUCGAGAGUGAACCUGUAUUUCAUCCAGCUAACACAGGGAUUCCGACCUUGUCAAACAUGUAAACAAUUCUGCUGUAUCAUGAACAAAGAAUCUGUGUUUACUAGCCAUACAGGAAGCUUGAUAACUCAGACUUUAUGCUCAGGAUUUUGUACAAAAAGUUUACACACCCCUGUUCAACUGCCAGGUUUUUGUCAUGUAAAAAAAAUAACUUCUUCCACCUUUAAUGUGACCUAUAAUCUGUACAACACAAUUGAAAAACAAAUAGAAAUCUUUCAGGGAGGUGAAGUAAAAAUAAACAACUGAGAUCAUGUGGUUGUUUGGGAAUGCAGCCCAAAGCGGGUGGUAAACUCCAUCUAAGGCUGAAUACCGGUACGCAUCUAAACCGGCGCAUCUCCUCCAUUGCAGUCGGCCGCUUCCUGCCCUCCAUUUUCAAAUAUAAGUCAGGAUCACGUGACUGAAAACCUCCUAUUUUGCGAAAAGACAUCUGAAAUCUCCCAAACGCAUGUGGGAAAAUGUGUUAUGGUCUGAUGAAACCAAAGUUGAGCAUUUCUGGCAUCAACGCAAAAGGUAUAUUUGGCGCAAAAUCAACACUGCUUAUCACAAAAAGAACACCAUACCUACAGUGAAGCAAGGUCGUGGCAGCAUCAUGCUUUGGGGCUGUUUUUCUCCAGCUGGAACUGGGGCCUUAGUCAGGGUGGAGGGAAUUAUGAAAAGUUACAAAUACCAGUCAGUGUUGGCACAAAACCUGCAGCCUUCUGCUAGAAAGCUGAAGAUGAAGAGGAACUUCAUCUUUCAGCACGACAAUGACCCAAAGCACACAUCUAAAUCAACAAAACAACGGCUUCACCUGAAUAAGAUUGAGACUUUGGAAUGGCCCAGCCAGAGCCCAGACCUGAAUCCCAUCGAACAUUUGUGGGGUGAUCUGAAGAGGGCUGUGCACAGGAGAUACCCUCGCAAUCUGUCAGUUUUGGAGCGGUUUUGCAAGGAAGAGUGGGCAAAUAUUGCCACAUCAAAAUUUGCCACGCUGAUAGACUCCUACCCAAAAAUACUGAGUGCUGUAAUAAAAGCCAAAGGUGCUGCAACAAAGUAUUAGUUUAAGGGUGUGCAUAUUUAUGCAACCAGGUUAUUUUAACUUUUCUAUUUUUUAUUUUUCUCCUUAAAGGUUUCAGUUUGUUUUUCAAUUGCAUUGUACAGGUUAUAGGUCACAUUAAAGGUGGAAAAAGUUGUGAAAAUAUUUAUCUUGCUGUAAUUUUCUUACAUCACGAAAACCUGGCAGUUGAACAGGAGUGUGUAGACUUUUUAUUUCCACUGUACUUUUCAGAAAGAGUUGAUGAAUGUAUUGUGGUUGUCACCUAGGCCAACCUUAAAGCUGAUUCAACCACCAAACCUCUCCUCCAACGAUGCCAAGACUUGGUGAAGAUUAUUGAUGAGUAUCCUGCAAAGGUAAAGUUAAACCUCCCUCAAAUGUUGUUGUUUGCUGACUUCAUAUAGCUGCCAUACAUGACAGUUUCCAGAGCUGUGUAUCUGAUUGCAGUUUAAUCAUACCUGUGAUAUAGACACUCACAAUAAACCCAUCAGAAAUGUUGGAAUUUGUUCCAUUCAAUAAUGUAUGGCGACUAUCCAAAACAACUUAGUCACCGAGAGGCUGAGUAGGGGAAAAAGAUACCUUGCCUGACGCGCUGGCUGUUUAAGCUUCAAUGAACAGGCUGUAUCUCUGUUUGUAGUUUUAUUGAUGAAAAAAAGACGAAGAACUUACAUGAAAACAAAAAAGGCAGUCGUUUAAUAUCAGGUGAAAAAGCGGUCCGCAAAAACUAGGACUUCCCCAUUCACCCCCUCUCCAUUGUUGACUUCACUACUACCGGUGCUGACGUACUACCUCCACCCCCACCACGUGACUCUCAUCCCCGUCUAACCACACAAUACACAAAUAUUAUAAAAGAUCAUGGCUACCACAAAGAACUGGCAUCUAAAAAUAAGAUAAUCCAUACUUAAUGACAAUUGUAAGUAUUGCUCUCUGACUCAGCAUGUGCAUUUUUCUUGGCUUGGGUAUAAUUGUUCAAGUGUGUUCAAGCUCAAACAAGCUAACAGCGACCUGCAGAUAUUUUGGAGCCAGUUUAGUGGUAAUUUGGAUUCAUAUUGAAAUAAACUGCCCAAUUUAAUAUGACACAAGUGCUUUUGGGGCCCAAAGUCAGCUCAAUGGUGCCAAGGGUUUGCAUUACUGAAUUAGGCAUAGAAUAUAGAUUUGUUUUGGGGAAACAUGAAAUAUAUGUGAAUGCAUUGUGGUAAAUGAAUUUGAAAAAGUAUGACAGCUUUUAAUUACAAGUACACACUAAGGCCAAACACAAACAUCCAAGUUUUUGGAAGUAGUGGUUGUGCCCAAAUCCCAUGACCAAAUCUGAAAGGCACAGAUUUCAACAGGAUGAGUCAAUUUCAUUAAAAAAAGAGCCCCAACUCACGGUUAUGAGAUUUUAUGCCUAGACAUCCAGGGUGUACUUAGGGCUGAACCAGUUUAAAGUUGAACUUUGAACUCUGAUCGUCAUAAUGAUAUGUGUAACUAUUGCAGCUUGGACAAACUUGUUGGCUGAAAAUGUUUGAAGGGUAAUACUUGGAGAUGAGUUCAUCUUCAUUCUGCACACGCGGUAGACUCAGUCAGCUGCUUGUCCCUCGUCUGAGUCUGCACUGAGGGUUCGACCUUACCUUUCAUGUUAAGUGUAUGUUACAUGCAGAGACAGCUGCUGCUACUUUGACCUCUGAGUUUCACUUUGAGUGUCUUCACUUUCACUUUGAAGGGAUCUUACACUUUACACUGCAAUCUGUUCUCUGCAUACAUGAGGAGAUGUUCACUGAAUCAGCAAAUGUGUUGUGUUAUUUUAGCUGCUCUGUUUGAAGUUUUAUGGUGAUGUGUACAUUUGUCUACUGUUGACUAAAUGUGUACUUAUUUCUCCCAAAGUUGUACACAAAAAUAGCACAGUUCUGUCUGAGAGCAGCUGUUGUUGCUUCAGUGAGUGACUCAAAGAAUGAAUGUGAGGCAGCAGUAAUAUGUGAGCAGUAUUGUUCUCUGAUUCAUCAGUGACUGUACUUUGAAUACAUCACUGUUGUAAACUUCUUCUUCAUGCUCCGGUCAUCAGGCUUAUUGAACGUAUCCCAUUAGACAAUAACAAUGGCUUAAUUUUCAACCUUUUUAAUCUUUUUCUGGUUUUAAAAAACUCCUUCAUCUUAACUCGCUCUCAAAGCAUUUCUGACUCCUUCUUCAGGGUGGCUCAUCAAGGUUAAAAGUAGUGUUGGGGUCGAAGGUUUUUUUGUCCCCCGAAUAUUUUUUUUGAAAAAUAUAAGAUAUUUCCAAUUGCUUGAAUACAGUUGUCAUUUUCUUAUUUUUUAUACACACAUGCAUAGGUAAACAGUCACAUUUACACAUACAUAAAUGAAAAGUGAACAAAAACACACUCUGAUAAAAUAGAGGAAAAAUAAUUACAGUGCAGAGUGCAGUGUAAAAAUAACAAACAAACAACACGCAUACUAUUAGUCAUAUAUGCAAUAUAAAACACACCACAGGAACAGGCAGAAAUUUUAUCAGGUAGUACCUCUAAAUGAGUGAAAUAGGAAAUAAAAGGUGUCAUUUGUGAAAAAAAAAUGAGUGUAAAUCCUCUUAAUGUAAAUUUUAUUUUCUCAAGCUUUAAAAAAACCAUGAUGUCUUUAAGCCACCGGGAAAUAGAAGGAUAGUAAGCAGAUUUCCAAUGUAACAAUAAUAAACGUCUUGCAAGUAAGGAUGUGAAGGUUUUUAGUUGAAUAUAGAUAUAAGCAGAGUAACAUUAUCCUGUUGAUCUACAGACCCCAUCAUGCCAUGAUUAUGGUCAUUAAUGUGGGGAGAAUUCUGCUUAAAGGGUCCAGCCCUGAGCUAUUUCUGUCAAAACUCAAUUCUUAUGUUUCGUGUCCUUUUCUCCAAAAAAAACUGAAGCGUCUGUCAUGUUUCAGAAACAUAGACAGCCACACCAGUUAAUGGAAUAACUUAAUCCAUCAGACUGAUGAAGAUUUUUAGCGGCAUUCUCCAAGUUUUGUACCGCUGGUCAUCAGAAGUAAGGUGUCUCCCUCAGCAGAUUGUGUUGAAAUGUACCUUUAUGAUCUCAUUACUCUGUGUGUGUGUGUUUGCUUGAAGGAGCUGCACUCGGUCUUCCCCUGGCUGGUGGAGAGUGUGUUUGGCAGUCUGGAUGGCGUCAUCGCAGGCUGGAACCUGCGACUCCUCCAUUCAAGAUGCAAUGAGUACAACAUUGUGACGGAGUUUCUACACCCUGGGUAGUUUAUCUGUUUAUCAGCUUGUGUGGUCAGAGAGAAAAAGCUUUCAUUGCUCAAGGAUCAAGUUUAAACUUUCUCUUAUCUGCUUGUGUUUUUCAGCGGGCCAAUGAUGAAGCUUGUAUAUAAACUGCAAGCAGAAGAUUACAAAUAUGAAAUACCUGUCAAUUAUCUUCCAGUAAGAACUUUUGUCUCACUUCUCUUUUCUCCUCAAACCAGCUCAAUCCAUGUGGUGUGUGUAUGCCGUUUUUAACUCUUAACAGCUCUUGAAUUAUAUUGUAACAGGUAAAAGAAAUGAGUUCAUUAUAAAAUUGAAGAGUAUGUUGUGUGUGAGCCUGGAAAGAUGUUUCUUAACAUGAUGAAACUUAAUUUUCUUAAGUAUCCAAAGCUGCUUCAGCUGAAGAGUUGUUCCAGAAAUGAUUAUCCACCUCAGUGUAUCCAUUUGUGAACCACAGGGUCCUGUGAAGGCCUGCAUCCAGGAGGGAGUUCUCCCAGACUGUCCCCUGUUCCACAACAAGCUGCAGUUUCCCCUGUCCGGUCUGCUGUCUCUGAACGUUGCUUUGAGUAUCCUUCCCAACACAAACACUGUCUGUCUGGCUUCUGAUGAUGGUGUUAGUGAGGGUCACCUCAGGCUGACUCAGGCUAUAUAUGGUUUUGUCAUAACAAGUGCUCGACAGAUUCUGACUCUAGCUUUUUUUUUGUGCUGUGAGUGAAUUUAUAUCUCAAGUGAUCUUUUAUUGAGCUGUCUACAACUUUUCAUAAUCGGCAAAUUUGAAGCUGAAAGUGCAUUGUUAUAUCUGAAAUAUAGGUUUAGCCCCCAAAUAAAGGUCAGUCAUAUGAGUUGGUUACCUGUGAGUAACACAGAAAAGGAAACUUUCCAGCUUUUUUCUCGGUGUCUGUUCCAAAAAUAUCAAUCUGAAACAUUUUCAGGUGGAACAGUUUCUCCACAUUUAUUCAUGAUUUCAUUCAGCAUUUUAAAAAGCAUGUUCAAGUUGUCUGACUGUUGGGGGUUCAUGCAAGACACGAAGGGGACUGACUCUAAAGAACUGUGACGUGAAAUGAUUCUUAACCUUCUUCAGAUCCUUUUGAAUUCUACAUGUUUAACUUUGCCUAUUGUCUCAUCACACCAAAGGUGAGUUUGUCACAGUGCGAUCUUCUUUAUUGUUUGUUCACUGCUUCUUAGAAAUCAAUCGUGAUCAUAUUUUUUAAAAAGUUAGCUCAAUGUAAGUUGAAGCGUUUUCUUCAAAUUGAGCUCAAGCCAUCUCUCUGUUUUCAGAGCCAUCCUCAAGGUCUUCAUGUGAGCUCCACUGACAGCGCCUACUUUGUGCUCGUGGACACCUACCUCAAAUACUUCCUCCCCAGUGAGGGCAGUGUCCCGCCGUCCCCUUUCUCUGAUUCCAGAGGUUCUGUCACCGCACCUUCACCACGGUACAGAAAGAGAAGCCUGUCACAUCAGCCUGAAGUUUUUUUGUUUAUACAUUUUAUGAAUAACAUUCAACCAAACUUCUGUAGACAUAGUUUUCUCUUAGAGGUUAAAACGUGGAAUGUUUGACACACCAAACUGUUGACAAAGUGUUUUGUGACUCCCUCUGUUCAUACUUUUUCCUCCACAGAUCCUCCGGUGUGUCUUUCGCUGGUUAUGGCGUCCACAGUCCUAGUCUCCUCAAACACCACAUAUUCCAUCAGCCAUCGGUCAACGCAGACCCCUCAGCCCAGGAAAUCUGGAGGUCUGAGACUCUCUUACAGGUAGAACAUGGAUCCAAAAAAUAAUCUCAAAUGAGUGAUGUUCAAAUGUCUUGAAUGUCUUCUGAAUAUUCUUGUUCCAGUUAGAGCUAAAAGUUUGUUUGUGUGUGUUUACCAAAGAUGUUUGUGGAGAUCUGGCUCCAUCACUACUCUUUGGAUAUGUAUCAGAAGCUGCAGUCUCCUCAAGUGAAGGUAAGGAGAUGCCCCCCCCCAUCAUCCCUAUUGCACUGCAGCACCGCACGGCUGGCUGUUGACUGGCUGACCACGACCCCCUCACCCCCAUCCUCCAACCCCUUCCCCUUGUUUCCCUGUUAGGAUGCCUUACUGUUAAACUUUCUUUUUCCUUCACUGUUCAUGGGCUUUGUUUGAAGAUGAACCAGCUUCUGUAGGCGGUAAAUACUGUGAAUACUCUUUGAAGAAAUGUAUAUGACUGUUCACACUGUAAGCAGCCACAUAUUUAUAUGCCAUAUUUGUGCAGAGUAUUUCAAAACUGCACAUGAAAUGUUAUACAGGUACUACACAAAAAGAGAUACUGACAUGCUUGAGGAAAUCAAAGUUUUCUACUGCUGCUUCAAGUGUGAACACACAGCAGAUGACCCUGUUCCAGUUUAUGUGUUAUAUCUUAUUUAAUCCGUCUAGCAUUUUUAGCACAUGCAGAGUAGAGCUACUGUUCUGAGGAGUCUUGGAUGUGUUCCUGGUGGAAGUGCUUUUGCUGCCUUUAACAUUUUUGCAUGCUGCAUGUCCAAAACACCAAGUUUUCGUUCUGGUGGAUGCAUGUAAAACACCAACAUAGACUCACAAGAUGACUGCUUCUGGUUAUCAUUGGGGAUACACAGGGAACCGGAUCUCCUUCAAAGCAGAACAUGCCAACAGUUGGUUUUCAAAGAUGGCAAAAAUCCUGUGAUGUCCAAAAUUUGAGCAUGUCUUUCUGAUGAUUCUAGCCAGUAGAGACACCCUUUGCUUGUCAUUUGGAUGGCUGUAGCUGUUGGGAGUUCUAACAUUUAAAGAUACAGUUCUGUCUUUGCACUCAUUUUUCUCUGUUUCCUUAAUGGAAAGUCUCUUAUAUCAAGUGACAGUUUUCUCAUUGCAAACAAACCUGUGUGCACAUGAAUCACACCCUGCAGCCUGGCUCAGUUAUAAUAGUUUGACUUAAAAUUUAAACCUAGAUCUAGACUUUUGACACAGUUAGCAUCUGUGGAAAAUCAAGGCAGAAAACUUUUUUACUCAUUUGCUUUGGGACUUUUUUAUGUAAUACAAUAAAAAUCAAGUUAUUUUCUCUUAAAUCUCCAGGGUUGAUAAUAUCAUGACUCCAAAAUCCUGAGCAGCACAAAGUGUGAUUCUUGUCAAGUCAAAGUAAACAUAAGACAGGUUACAUAGUACGACCAUCAGCCCAGAGCAGUCACAGUGCGACUUCAUGCUGGUGUUGAUUGCCUGUUUUUCCUACUCAUUCACACAGUGUGUAUAUCUAAAACCCUUCACUUGUACACACACUUUGACCCACAGCUUUAGCUGUAUGCCGACUGCAUGUUUUAGUGCAGAACACACUUAUUACCCAUCCAGCAACAGUUUCCUGAGUGUCUGUUGUGCAGUACUGUCGUCCGUAGUCUCUUUUUAAGGUAAGAGUACUGGAGCUGUUACUGUUUGUUAAGGCAAAGGUUUUUCUGUUAGUGGUUAAAUAAUUCUAUACAGCUCUUUGAAAGAUCUGCAGCACGUUUCAGAUGAAUCAAAGAGGAUUUCAAGCAUUGAGGCUUCAUUACUGCUCUGUAAGACUGCACAGGAAACGGUGAAUUAGCCCUUUAGCUCCUGCAUGCUGACCAUUGCCCUGCAUUUAAGUGCACUUAACCAUACACUAAACACCUUAAAACACAUUAACAAAUAUGUCCUGUUAUUUUGUUGUGUCAUGUGUCCAUCAUGCUAAAGAGUGAAUUUAAACUGAAAGAUUUUGACUGAAUCAAACCAACCCAAUUCAAUUUCAGAUGUCCUCCAUCUACAGUGUCAUUCAAACAUCAAAUGUUCUCAAUCCCAGACCACAAAGUAAACUUCCGUUUGCUGUGCCUCAUUCAAAAAAUGGAAACUUCUGCACAGUAACAAAAUCUUUCAGUUUUCACUUCAUUCUGUUAAAGAUGUUAAACACCAGGGAUGGGAAUCAUUUAAAGUGACUGAUUAACCAAAAGAUAGUUUUUUUGUUUGUUCUGUUUUUUUAUAUAAAUAUAUUUUUUUAACAUUCGUAUUUUUGCCUUUGUUGAUAAGUCGGAAUAAAGAAGAAAAACAGGAAAACACACUUGUUAACUCCCCUGCAUCUGUUAAACAACAGCUAGUGCUAGCAUCCAGAGCUAACAUGAAUCUCAGUAAAUAUGUGCUUUGAUGCUAAUUUUAGCUUCAAGUUAAUAUUGUACAGCUCUCACUGAUUGAAUUGAAGGCUAUAGGAUAAAGUGAUAUGGCAUGAGACUAUCAAUAUAAAGUGACAUGGUGUAAAGUCAAAUAAAUAACCCACAGGGUAUUAAAGAAAAGAUAACAACUUUAUUGAUCCUUGAAGGAAAAUCAACUGAGAAGAGCUGUGAUAAGUAUAAAAUAUAAAAUAGAAGGAUUACAAUAAGGCGUUGUCUGUGUACAGUAUAAUGUAAUAUAAGGAUAUGGUGUUUUCUUUGAAGUAAAUUUAGCCCACUUUUGCUAAAAUAGAAAAUAUAGGCCACUGAUGGUGCCUUGAAUAAUACCGGUUUCUUUCAUUUAAUGUUCAUGUAAUGGGGAUUUUUAUAUAAAGGAAAUUUGUCUUUUGUGUCUGUUGAAAAUUAAAGAUUACUGACAGAGCCAUAAGAAAAUAUUGCUUUAUUUAUCUGAUCAUAUUGGAAUAUAUUUGUUAAGUUUUCAGUAGGUUGCACUUUCACUAGACUAUAUGCGUCAUUUAAAACAUUUUCAAUGAACAUUCGAUCAGUCCGGCCCUCGGCUCCUGCCACCUUUUCUUUCCUCCCUCCUCCCUCCUCUUCCUCUUCCUCACCUUCCCUGUUUUCCCUUCUGCUCUCUCCACUCUUCCUCCACCCUUUUGUGGUUGUCCUUCCUCUUCCUUGUCUUCCUCUCCCUCCUGGUGGUUACGGGUGAACAGCUGGCGCUGCUGCAGUACCGCCUCAGUAUGUCCAGCAUGCCGUGCCAACCUCACGCCCCACCAGGCUCUGGGACCCUCCACACCUACCAAGUACUUUUACCUUUUCAUUCACCCCCGCCCCUCUGGGGCCUCCUGGAGGUAAACCUCAGUCAGUUUCAAUCAGAGUCAAGGGUACUUCUCUCAUGUUGACAAACACGGUGAGACAUCAUCCCUGCAGUCACCAGCCUCAUGAUGGCAGCGUUUUCUACAGCUUGAUGGUUAAAUCCUGAUUCUGCGCAGAAUUGACUACUUCUUGAAUUUGUUUUGCCUUUAUUCAAAAGCAGGUGGCUUGCAGGUGGACAGUAGAAGUAACAGAUCAUAACCAUUUCAAGACAAACGGAGAAAUAAGAUAGCUGUAAUUUGCUUUUAAUAAUAGUCUGUUAAAAAAAUCUUUUGGUCAGGGUUUAGAGGAGUUUCUGGCCACAUUUGUUGACUUUUGUCAUUGUUUUCAUUUAGCUUGAUUUAGAGGUAAUGCCCCCAACAAUUUCCCUCUGUGUUCAUCCUCACCCAAACUUAUCACCUUUUAAUCUCCAACCCCAGACCUCCAGUCUGACUGUAAGUUGUGAAUCCGUGCAGAGAAGUAUCCUUGACGGGGAAAGCAAUCCUGGAAUGAUGACGCUUUGGAGUUUGAAUCUUUGGGCAGACUUUUGCUGCUUCGGGUGUGGUUCUCUCUGCUGUUCUACGUUCAGAAAGGCAUGCUUUGUUACUCCAAGUCUGGUGUGCUUUGUUGUGUUACAUGUUUACAUGAUAGAUUAAUGUUCAUUUCUACUGACACUGCUCUGCUCUAAAGGCGCAACCUUUAUUUUCCAUGACUUUAGAAAAAAUCAUGUAAGUAUUAGAACAUGUAUACUUUUCUAUUCUUAGCUGAAAUCUAGAUAGGAUGUACUUUGCUGGGGUAAUGUAUGUGUUUGCUGGCAUCCACAAGAAGAAGCAUUGCAUCCUUUUUACAAAGCAGCUUUGCUAUAAGCAGCCUGUGGAGCACUGAGGUCCUACAUUUCUAAUUCAAAUACACAAAAUCGAAAUCAGCUCUUAAGAUGAAGUUUUAAAAUCAAAAUGAAUGAUUGAAAAAUAGAAAUCUGAAAUCAAAUAUAAGACUUAUCAAGAGCAGGUUUCUAAUGAUAACAGUGUACACAUGGUCCACUUUUCUGAGCCAUAGUCUUUGGAGUCUUUGAAUUACACGAUCAGAGUAAGGGAUUCAUUACUAAGGAAGUGUUAGGUUAAAAAGAGGUAAAUUGAUCCUGCUAAAUUGUGCAGCUCCUGUGUGUAAACACAACGCAUGGAAACUCGAGCUUGCAGGGCAUGAAACAGUCCUGAGGGGCUGAUGAAGUGCAGUCCAGGAUCUGUAACCAGUCAAACUGGAACAAAGAAACUAAAUCGUCCAUAAGUGUGAGACCUCUGUGCUGCAAAUAUAAAGCUCUGAGCCUUUGGUGAUUGUUCGGCUGCUUUUGGAUCGGGAUGCAUUAUGAUUGGCUGCUCUUUGAAACUGGGAGGAAACUGGGUGGGGUCUGUGGAAGUAGCAUUUUUGUGACUGGUUGUCUUUUCAGGAACCGUUCAGCCCGACAGAGGAACACGUGCUGGUGGUGCGUCUCUUGGUGAAACACCUGCAUGCUUUCUCCAACAGUCUGAAGCCUGAGCAGCUCUCCUCCUCACCCUCAGCCCACUCACACACUCACACCAGCCCGCUGGAGGAGUUCAAGAGGUCAGCGUCAUCAUACAUGCUUCAGUCAGACACACUACAUAGAGAGAGAAGUUUAUUAUACCAUUUCUUUCCUUUAGGUUAGCCCUGUUUCUUUUUACUUCCAUAUUUUAAAGGACCAAUCAGUAUGAAUAGUUGAGAUGAUUUCCCAGAAGAUUGCUCUGGAUGAAAACCACAUAACAGACCAAAACUGGAGCAAAAAUACUUAACCCCUGAUUGUAGUUUGUAGUGUGUAACGGCAUUAAGUAGGACUGGGUGAUUUGGCAAAAAAAAAUUAAAAAAAAUUAUCACAAUAUAUUUUGUCUGAUCGCCAUUAGAACGGUUUUAUUUGUAUUUUUCCAAACCGCCAGUUUUAAAGCAUCUGUACUAAAAACGAAAGAAACUAGAGAUUAGUUCAAUAUUUUAUUAACAUACAACGUAAAUAGCAAAGCAAAUUGAACAAGAUGAACAUAGAAAAAUCUAAAAAACAUUUUAACCCAACAAUUAAAAAAAAUGUAGAUAAAUACUAGAUAAUACAGUGAACUAGUUUACAGUCCUGAUUGUUUUUGCAGGUAUGCAAGACCCAAAAUAAACAAAUCACACCCUCAGGGAUAAUGAAGACGCCUUAAAAUGUAAAAAUUAGAGAAUGUCAACAUAGAUAUACGAUUGAUUGCUGCUUUGGUCUGGUGGCUGCUCCGCUAGUUGUAGCUAAACUGCUAAUGCUACUUGUGCCGUCAGCAGUGACAGGCUGUGUACACUUCGCUCACAUUUCCAUGCUUUCCACAUAAUCACUGGGGAAGAACUUUCUUUAAAAGACUAAACAGAUCUGUUGUGUUGCCGUUUUUUUUAGGGCAUCGAUCGCUGACGUACCUUGCACAUUGGCUUAAUGCUCGAUGUCACUUUGGAGACACCCGAACCACCAUCUUUGGCUUUGUUCGGUCAUUCUGUUUACUUCUCCAGUAACUUACAGAGUUGAGCAGGAAAACCUCGACUCUGAUUGGCUGUUGUGACGCACAUUUCCACUAUGCUUGAUCGAGUAAAUAUGCUCACAGCUGAUCACCGUGAUCAGCUGAAAUUUAUCACGAUUAUUUAUCUCAAUCAUAUAAUCGCCCAGUCCUAACAUUAAGUCAGUAUACCAGUGUUUAAAAGUGUAAUAAUAGCCCAUCUUAAUCAGAUAAAACUGCUGACACCGCUGUCUUCUUGUUCAUCAGUCUUUGUUGAGAAAAAUCACAACUUUUGUUCUUAAAUGUUUUUUUGAUAUGAGGUUUUCUACAAAAAUUACUUCAAGAACACAAAAUAACAAUCAAGGCUGUUGUAAACCAGCAACUGUGGUGCUCUGUUAAAUCAAACCUCUCUUUCCUCAGAAGAUCCUGGUGGCUUUUAGAGAGAUACAGAUGAAGUUGCAUAUGUUACAGCUAGUUGCCCUGCUGUAGCAAUCUGUUGAGCAACAGCUAAUGUAUUUGUACUGUUCAGUCCUUUUACCCAAAAUAUGUCAAAAUAAGGCCACUGUUUAGAAAGAUCACAACUUACUCCUUAACAUAGUGUCAUUGCUUUGAAUGAAAACUGUCCAGACAUGUUUUGCACGACUCACAGCCUGAAAGAGUUUGUUUGUCUCUUUCUUCUGUCUUCAGAGUGGUGGUGCAGCGUUUUGUCCAGCAGAAACUGUACCUGUUUCUCCAACACUGCUUUGGACACUGGCCUCUUGAUGCGUCUUUCAGAGCGGUAGGUCCCAUUCAGAAUUAAACCCCUAUGAUGUUCUUUAUUUUUGUCUGUGUUUAACCCGGACGGUACAGUCAUCUUCCUCUGUUAGAAGAUGAAGUUUUUCUUUUGGUUUCUUGUUCUUCAGUGCUUCAGCUCUGUCUAGUCCUUUACAGCAAAAACUUGGAACUGCUUCUUUAUUUACUUUGAAUUAUUCAGCUGAUUUGCGAAACAAAAAACUUCAGAUUAAUUCAAGUAAAUUUAUGGAUGUUUGAAUACUCAGAACUGACUCGAUUCACACCGACUGAAUAUCAUCUUUGUGUUUAGGUGUUGGAGACGUGGCUGAGCUACAUCCAGCCGUGGAGAUACACAGGAGAAAAGAUCAAUCCUCAACCAGACCAAGCCAGAACAGUGCCUGAUAAAUGGUGAGUCUGACGUCCCUUCCCUGAAAGGCUUUAAUUCAGGAACUUUUUGUGGGAUUCCUUAAGACUUUAUUCGACCAUCAGAAAUGCUGUUUGUUUUUUGUUUUUUUCUUUAAAGCUUCUCCCCUGUUUUUAUUUUUCACAUUUUGGUAGUUUUUCUUUUCUUCCUUUCAAACCAAAUAAAACAAGAAGACAUUCAAGAAUCAAAUCCAAUUGUUGUUUUUACCUGGUUGGUUCAGAUUUACAGAGGACACGAUUAGAUAUAAUUUUGUGUUACUGCUUUGCUGUCACUUUGGUUCUGACGUGAGCUUGCUUGUUUUGCAGGGAGUCGUUUGUUCAGGAGAACCUGCUCAUGUACACGAAGCUCUUCCAGGUGUUUUUGAACAGAACAGUGAGGACAGAUCUGGUUAAUGCCAAAAAUGCUCUGAUGGUCUUCAGGGUGGCCAAAGUGUUCGCUCAGCCAAACCUGGCUGAGAUGAUCCAGAAGGGUAAGCACAGAAAAGACAAACGCGCGAGGUGAAGACAUGCUGUCUCUGAUAAAUCGAUUUCAUCAAUAUUGUUGAUUUAGUGAGACAAUAUUAGUAACCUUCUGUCACAAGCAGGUGUGUGUGUACUUGUGUUUUUUCACAUGCCUGAUAGGGGACUACAGGAUGGGGCUGACUGAAGCAGAAUGAGUUUAUGUGAAGAUAAUAAAAAUAAUGGAGAUGAAUACAGUUCAUAAAAUAAAGUCUCAUAUGUUUUUCAGACUUUUAUCUGUAGUAGAUUAAAUCAAAUCAUAACCAAACCAAAUAUGUCCAUCCAGGAGAGCAGCUGUUUCUGGAGCCAGAGCACGUCCUCCACCACCGACAACCUCGCGGCUACCUGACGCCAAGCCAAGGAGGCAGCUUUCUGUCAUCACGGCAGCGUGUAAUGACGGAUGUGGUGUUCAGGGUUAAGAGCCACGUUUACGCUUUGGAGGGCCAGGACUGCCAGUACAAACAGAUGUUUGGUACUGAGCUCAGAGGAGCAGUAAGUUUGGUCACCAAUCCAAAUGUUUAUCACCAAAAAGAGAGACACACACAAUCUAAAUCUUGUGUCCGUUUUUCAGGUCAUGAAGUUGAUACAAAUAAUUGCACAGGCUCGACAAACAGCAAAAAGGAUAUCUGAUCAUUCCAACGAGAUGGCGACCAACAGCUCGUUCCUGUCCUGGUUUGGGUUCAGCUCUUCUGAUCUGAACAACACGUUCACCGGGGCCGAGCCGGAGGAGAGCGGGGAAUGUUUGAAAAAGACCCACGAGUUCCUGGACAGAGCUUUAGAGAACCUGUGUCAGAUCUUCAAGGUAAGAUGCAGCACUCGACUGAUGUCACUGCACUGCGUCUCUUGGUGGACAUAACUGACCAUCGGUCAGUGUGUUAGCAAAUGUUGUAAAGAGAAAUAAAGAAAUGAAGAUCUUUUCAUAAAAGUUAUUAGCACUUGCACAAACUGUAGUCGAGUCACCAAAACUAAGCCCGAGUCGAGUCUUAGGUCUUCAGUGGUGUUUUUCAAACUGUUUCAAAUAAUCUAAGUCAUAAAAGCAAAAAAUGUGAAUGGUUAUAACAGUAUGUGGAAAAAAUACAAAUCGCACAAUUUCACAUUUAAAUAAAAAUGACACAUUUAAAAAUAAAGUUGCAAAGCAUGUAGCUACCUAUAUGAUGUGUGUAGAAAUGUCACUACUGCAAAUAUUGCAAGGUAUUAUAGCCAAUCCUAAAAGUUUUUUUCCUGCAUUAAUAACUUAUCAGGACACAGGAAACUCAGUCCUGGACGCGAGUACUACAAUGCUGAGUUGCACAUUUGUAAUGUGCUACAUAAGUAAUACUCUUGAAUUCCAUGGAUUUCUGUAGCCAACAAACAGUCCCAGGUUACAGGGAAACCUUACAGUUAAUUUAUGCAGAACAUCCAGAAUGUUUUUUCGAGCGAGUAGAAUAGAAAAGCCUUUUCUGUAAUGGCACACAAUCUGAAGAAUAAUUACAAGUGCCAUCACUCUUAAGUGUCAGGGCAGUUUAAGAUACAGUGUAAUUGUAACAAGUUAGAAUAUUGAGCGAAUGAUUGUACGUUGAGUUUUAUUUUUUUAAGUUCUACAACUCAAAUCUUGUUCUGUGUUUUUUUAAUGUUGGUUGUUCUUUGUUUUCUAGCUGAACCAGGGGCAGCUUACUCAGCUUAUAGCCAACCUUGGCUCCACUCAGGAUGAUGGAAACUCCAGACAGCUUCCAGAUUGCAUCCAGGGAGAGAACGGACUCAUCCUGACUGAUCUGGGGAGGAGGCAGGUCAGUAAGAGAGGAGGAGAGCGCGCACUUUAACUACCAGCCAAUCACUGAAGACUUCAAUCUGACACUGUGCGUGUGUGUGUGUGUUUGAACUUUUGUGCAGAUCAUGAACGGACUGCGAAGGUUUGAGAUUCAUUAUCAAGGAGACCCUGAGCUCCAGCCCAUCAGGAGUUAUGAGAGCGCCCUGCUGGUCAGGCUUUUCUACAAGAUCUCUUCCCUGGUUAAUGAGAGGGUGAGUCAGCUUCCUUCAGCUUAUUGUACACAUAAUAAAAACUGAGGUGUCCAAAAUGUCUCUUUAAAGUUGGUGAAACCUAAACCAAAAUAUUAGAAGGCAUAAUGGAAACCUGCCCAGAAUGUCAUGUUUUUCGUGAUCUUGUUUUUAUAAAGUCUUUUAAAUCAGAGCAGGAAUUUUCAUGCUGUGGGGUGACUGAACCUCUUUUCAUUAUUUAAAUAAAAGUUCGUAUUUUUCUCCCAUCACCCCUUAACAGUUUGGAAGACACAUGAACGCACUCUGCUCUCGUCCAGACUUCCUGGGUCGCCUCGGUCGUCACUAUCUGUCAGAUGGAGAUUCUGCAGUAAAACUCAGGCACAGCCCGAUGUCACAGCAGGCGAUGGAGAGGAACCAGCGGCCGAGGCUGAGCUUGCGCCCGCUGGCCAGCUACCGGACCAUCCUGCUGCUGCUGCUCUUCUACAUGUUUGGAGCUCUCCUGUCAUUUGGCCCAGUGUCUAGCACUCUGCUGAUCCUCACUGGAGGAUUCCUGUAUGGACUCUUUAUGAUGCUGUUUGGAGACAAAAUUAAAACACACUAGCACAGGGUCCCUACAUAUCUGGAAUGAUCCACAAAAAUAGGUUUUAUCAAUUAUAUUUGAAGGCUUUGCAAAGAAAGUGUUUUUUUAUUCAGGGCUGCAGCUUCUCUUUUUCUUCAUACUUUAACCUUACAAGAAUGUUUGACUGUCCAAAACCCCAAGAUGAUGUCAUCAGAUGUCUUCAUUUCCAGGAUCCUUCAGUGCAGCGGCUUGGACAGGACAACUUUUGGAUCUUAGAUCUUCAAUGAUUCAUGAUGUUCAAAAACAGUCGCCAUUUUGAUUCCUAUAGUGAAAUCUUGAAGGUGCUACCUAUGACACUGCCGUCAAAGAUCAGAGCCAGAGCAGCUGGGAAUAAUCCCUUUAUUUUUUUAAGCUUUGGACUCCGAAUGUGGUGAACAGUCUUUGAACAUUUGCAUCCAAUCUUGGAGUUUUUGUAUACAAAGUAAUGGCAGCGCUUUGAAGCUGGGUGUGUAAGUGCCCUGUUGGCAGUAGUUUGGCAGCUUUUUCUUUGUUCUUGUUCUUGCUUUAGCAGCUCAACUGUGUAAAAUGUGGUCCAUUUGACAUUGUAAAUAUAGACAGAACAGUUAUUGCUCUGUCACUUAGCUUUUUUUUGUUGUUUUUAACAAGAUGCAGGCCAAGUCUUAAAAAAUGCCAGAUGAUACAGACUAUUUUUCUCUAAGAAGGCAGAAGGUGUUUUUGGACAAAAGAUUCAAUAAACAGUUUGCACUUGUUUCUUUUUCUGAUUGUUGAAUGAAGUGAAAAAAGGAGGAAUUUUAAAGAGCAGGUUCAGUAAGGAUGUAAAAACAUGAUGGUGGAACUGAGAGAGGCAAGGCAAGUUUAUUAGCACAAUUCACACACAAGGCGGUUCAAAGUGCUUUAAAGAUGCAAGGAAAUGUAUUGGAAAUGGAAAAAGACAUUAAAACAAUUUAAAAUCAAGACAAACAGA